AUGGCCUCCACAUUGUCUGAGGAGCAAUUUCAGUGCAGCAUCUGUUUGUACAGCUUCAAAAACCCUGUCUCUAUCCCGUGUGGGCACAAUUUCUGCCUGGAGUGCAUCAAACGUUAUUGGGACGUGGCGCAUAAGUCGGAUUGUCCGCUGUGCAAAGAAUCCUUCAGAAGUCGCCCCGAACUCAGGGUGAAUUGGGCCUUAAAAGAAAUCACUGAAAGAUUUCAAAGCUUGUUAAAGGAAAUGCCAGGAUUCAAACCAAAGAGACCCAUCAUUCCACAACAGCCAUCCACGUCUGGAGAAGAGAAGGACAUCAAGAUCAAGACUCGGAUAAAGAAGACCCAAGAGCAGUAUCAACAGAUGAUCCAGAUCCGAAUCAGAAAGACAGAGGAGAUCAAACAGUCAAUGGAGCUGAGCAAAAGAAAUAAAGAAAGAGAGAUACAGGCCAGCGUUCAGGCUGCCACAAUGAUGGUAAGUGCCAUUGAGAGAAACCAGGCUUUGCUCAUCGAGGAGAUCGAACGGAAGCAGGAGGUGGCUGAGAAGAGAGCAGAGGAGCUUCUCAAGGAGAUCAGCCAGGAGAUCAAUGAGCUGCAGAAGAGACGCAGUGAGCUGCACCUCCUGGAGCACAUUGAGAACCCAGUUCAACUCCAGCAGAACUUUUUACAUCUGGAUGCUCCGAUGUCCGUCAAGCACUGGGCUGACGUCAGAGUCCAAUCGGAGAGCUACGCACGGACUGUGAGGAGAAAUUUCUCCAAACUGGUCGACAUCUGCCAGGAACUGGAGAGGAAGCUGUGUGCAGAGGAAGUAAACAAGAUGAAUAAAUAUGCAGUGGAUGUAACUCUGGAUCCUGCUACUGCUGCUGGCUGGGUGGUCCUGUCCCCGGAUAAUAAAAAGGUGAGCAUGAGCUACCAGCAGUGGACGACCCCGCUACCUGACGACCCCCGCAGGUUCAAUUCCUGCGUCGCCGUGCUGGGAAAACAAAGCUUCACAUCUGGGAAACGUUACUGGGUGGUUCAGGUUGGGGAUAAAAGAGACUGGGAUCUUGGGGUGGCCCGGGAGUCCAUCAACAGGAAGGGCGCCAUCACAGUUUGCCCUGAUAACGGUUACUGGGCAAUAUGCCGACGUAACGGUGGUAGCCUGUGCGCCUGCGCUGGGCCCGCCGUCACUCUUCACCUUAAAGAAAUUCCUCAGAAAAUCGGUAUAUUCCUGGACUAUAAAGAAGGCUCGGUGUCCUUCUACAACACAGAGGCAAAGACUCACAUUUAUACUUACAGCGGGCUCACUUUCACUGAGCCGCUGUAUCCGUACUUUAACCCCUGCAUAAAUGACAACGGGAAGAACACGGGCCAGCUGGUUAUCUGCCCGAUUGAGGCUGGGAUCACUGUAGACACUUCAGCACGUUGAGCGAGAGCCUCGGAGGAUCCUUUUUAAAACCUUGAG